AUGUUUUGGAAAUCUACUUUGCUACUCUCGAUCUGUGCGACGGCCUGUAAUGCGGUGAGCGUCACCAUCAAUGGUACGGCUUCACAUGCUAUACCCACUACUCUCUACACUGCCGCAGCUCUUAAUGCAUGGGCUCCGGUCGGAAGUGCCACUAUUGAAGUUAUCGCGGACACCACCCCUGUCUCCAGCGCGCUUCCAAACUCUUUGCAAUUGACCGUUCCGGCUGGAGCUUCGGGAAAUGUUGGGUUUGGAAACUCUGGGUUCUUCGGUAUCAACAUAAACUCUUCAUGGACAUACAACGCCUCAUUCUUCUACCGCUUCCCCUCAACUACGCCUUCAACGAACCUCACCGCCUCCAUCAACCUCCAAACCUCAUCGGGGACCGUCCUCGGCACUGCUACCGCCGCUCUCGUUCCUUCCACGACAUGGACUCAGGUCUUUGUCAGGAUCAAGCCCACUGCAAGCGCGAGUGAUGCGAACAAUAACUUUACCGUUACGUUCUCGGGCGCUCAGGCAGCUGGGAGGACCGUCAAUUUUGCGAUGUUCUCGCUGUUCCCGCCGACGUUCAAGGGUAGGGUGAACGGCAUGAGGAUGGAUAUUGCGGAGACGUUAGCAUCGAUGGCACCUUCGUUCUUCAGGCUGCCUGGAGGGAACAAUCUCGAAGGAACUACGGCUGCUACCCGAUGGCAGUGGAACGCUACGGUUGGUCCCCUGGUCGAUAGGCCCGGCCGGCUUGGGGAUUGGGGAUAUAUUAACACUGAUGGUCUAGGAUUGCUCGAGUAUCUGGAGUGGUGCGAAGAUCUGAAUAUGGAGCCUAUCUUGGCGGUUUGGGAUGGCUACUCCCUAAAUGGCGCAGCACUUGCGGAAGGACAACUGGAUCCCUAUAUCCAACAAGCAAUCGAUCAGAUCAACUUCGCCAUCGGAGACCCCACUACGAGCGCACCUGCAGCAUUACGAUCAUCCCUCGGCCACCCCGAACCUUUCGUCAUCAAUCAUAUCGAGAUUGGCAACGAAGACUUCAUUAGUUCUACGGCUUCGUCAACGUAUGCCUCGUACCGCUGGCCAGACUUCCACGGAAACCUGAGCGCUGCCUUCCCUCAACUGCGCUUCCUCGCCACAUCCACAGUGAAUUCUCCGGCAUUGACGCCGAAGCCCCAGGAGUGGGAUGUUCAUGUGUACCAGACCCCGAGUUGGUUCGCCACCAAUUCGUUCAUAUACGACUCUUUCGCCAGGGAUGGGACUUUGUACUUUGAGGGAGAGUACGCUGCGAUCAGCACGAACGCGAACGAUCUUUUCGGUUCACCUUCGGACGGACGAUUGGUUUUCCCAACUAUGCAAAGCUCUACUGGCGAAGCCGCGUUCAUGACUGGUCUGGAGAGGAACAGCGAUAUCGUGUUCGCUGCGUCUUAUGCACCUCUUCUGGGACAUGUUGACAAUGUCCAAUGGACACCGAACCUCGUCUCCUUCGACUCGCUGACCGUCUGGCCCUCUACGAGUUUCUACGCGCAACAAAUGUUCAGCUUGAACAAAGGUGAUUCGUACCUACCGAGCACGCUUCCUUCCGCGAGCGGUACCAUCUUCUGGAGUGUCACGAAGCGUAACUCUCCCUCUCAAGUUCUCAUCAAGAUCUCGAACACCGUUGCCACAUCCAAUACCCUUACCUUCAUCCUGCCCACAACAUUCAAGACUAUUGCCUCCAGCGGCACUGCUCAGAUCCUUACCGGAGCCCAGACGGCGAGUAACUCUCCGACGACGAGUCCGGCGAAUGUGGUCCCUGUGACGAGUGCAAUUACGACCGGAGCGACCUUCAACUUCACGGCCCCUGGGUUCAGCGUGAGCGUGCUCACAAUUGAUGCGAGUUAAUGCGUUGGUGUCAGCUUCAGGG